GGUACAGGUAAAACGUUUCUUUUUUUUUUUUUCGGCUGACCGACACGGUCGACUGUCUAGUAGUUAUUCAGUGGAUCUUUAUCAUUGUCUGCUAUAAACGAAUAUAUUAAAUAUCGAGGGGUGGAUGCAAAUAUUUGGUCUACUGGGAAAAUGGCUACACCCGGUAAACAAGCUAAAAUGGAAAGGAAACGGCUGACUUCAGCUAAGACCUCCUUCACAUCCCCCUUCACUCCACAGUGGAGAACACUUCCUCAAGAAGACAUGCAUUUUAUUCUCAAAACGUUGACAGAAAAGUUCAAAACCACCGGUCUGGAGAAGAAGGAGGUGAAGGUUAGACAACAGAGAAAGAGAAGCAAGGGCCAAGCGCCUUCGACACCAGUAGAGGUUCACGAAAUGUGCCAGGACCUGCCUAAAGAGCAGACACCGCCUCAAAAUGGCUGGACAAACGUGGUGGCGAGAAGACAACUGGCUAUUGGAAUAAAUGAGGUCACCAAAGCUCUGGAGAGAAACAAACUCAAACUGGUGUUUGUGUGCAAGUCUGUCAGGCCAAAGCACAUGAUUAGUCAUCUGAUACCAUUGAGUGCCACCAGAGGCGUCCCAGCUUGCCAGGUGCCCCGACUAAGUCAGAGCAUUUCUGAGCCACUGGGCUUAAAAAGUGUUCUGGCACUGGGAAUUCUGGAAUGUGCAUCCCAAGAGGAGGAGAUCUUCACUGACAUCGUGGCAGCCAUCACACCCAGAAUACCUCCACUGAAUGUCUCAUGGGUUCAGGAGGUGACACCUAAGCCCGUAGUGAACUUGGUGGAUGAAGCUGAAGGGACUGGACAGAAAAGGAAGCGAGAGAGUGACCUGAAAAUAAACACCUCUUGCACAUUGCAACCUCUCACAGUGAAAAGAAUAAUUGCAAAUCCAGAGAAGAAGAAGAAGAAGAAGAAGAAGAAAGUUAAUUAGAACUCUUAGAACUUUGACAUCAGUUACUGCCACCCUUAUUUCUUAAUGCCUUGAAAGAUGCAGGAGAUCAACAUCUGCAGUUUUCAAAAAGAAAUGACACCAUGUCAACAUUGUCUCAAUUCCACACAGUCUGGUUUUCUUAAAUGGCAUUUCUCUGUUGUAUUUGAAGAUUUCCCCUUCAAAUGUCAAAAGUCUGCUGUGGACAAGGUUUGAACAAAUGAAUUUAUUGAAUCACAUAUUCAUGCUGGUACCUGUAUAGCUGAAUGUUAAACACCAUUUGCAUGUGGUCUUCGCUAGAGGCUGCUGGUAGCAACUGGGCUCGUUCGCAGUUUUGGAAUAAAAAUCUGAAUUUUCAAUUUGAGUUACUUCUCUAUAGCCUUGAAGCCUUGAACAAUUUUCAUAAGGCAUGUACAUCAGGAUGAGGCCACUAAAUGCUGCCACUAACAUCUAUGUGAAAAAUUGAAAACAGUAAACGUACAUGCUGAAAUUCCAUUCAAGGGUGCAAGCUACAAGCUUUGGCUGUGUGGGUGCUGCUGACUUGAUGCUACUAAUCCUUCCAGUGGACUUAAUUUGAAUCUCUCUGAUCUGUACAGAGAAGAGAGUCACACAAAAUCACAUCUAACAAGAUUGGUCGACCAGAUCCUUUGAGACUAGUGAGAGGAACAUUCAGAGAGGGAGGUUCAUCGUGUGUAAAUCCAUUCAAUGGGAUGCUUUGACAUUGCCAGUGAGUUUGGAAGAUAGAAGGGCUGAGAAAUAAUGAGAAACAUAAUGGAAGAUAAAUAUACACUGAAACUAAAUUGGUUAAUUGUUUGUUCUGCAAUGAUUCCCUGAUUAAAAUGCUAUACGGUGUUGUGCUCAAUUGUACUUGGGUAGAUUUUCAUUUUUUAAGUCUGUACAGCAAUAGAAUAGUUGUCAGUCUGCAGCUCAUUUUCCGCUUUACAAAGGCAUUGAAACACAAAGCUGCCAUGAAAGUACAAUGACAUUACAAAACAUACAGUUCCUUUAAAAUGUUAAAACAUGUUCACACAAGUGAAAUCCAGUGCAAAGUUGAAUUCUUAUAAAUGUUGAUGACAAGUCAUGAAGAAUACGGAAAACCAGGUUAACUGAAGUAACAGUGCUUCCCUGUCAGCAUGUGACACUCUGCAGGAGGGACUUCGCUCAAAUAUUUGAGCUUGGUGCUUUCUGUGCCUGGACAUCAGUCACCAGAGUGAGGAGCCGCCUCCAGGCGGCCACCUCAUCCUCCCACCAAGUAGUCCUGGGCCUGGAGAUGUGACGUCAAAACUGGUCCCUCACCCGCACACCAGUGGGCAGCAGUUGAACCUGCAGCAUUUAGGCCCCUACCAGGUUUGUGCCUGCCAAGUCUGAGUGGUAACCCGGCUUCUGCUCCUACUCAGGCCUGGUUCAGCCCGCAGCCCAAGUCCUGGCAGACAUUUCAGUCUCCUGUCAUUGUUCACCUGCAAAUUUGUUGACAGGCCCAGUCUGCUGUGAUGAUGCAAUUCUGUACUGACAACUUGCAGCUCACGGGCCUCCAAGGCCACAGCUGCUGUGUCCCUUCAGCAGCCUGGCCUGCCUUGGUACGGAUUCUGAAGUUUGUGGGCCAUGGGGAUCAGGGUCACCGGUCCCAGACCAUGGCCUGGCCUGGCUUUAAGAGGGCGCAGUCUGAGGUGUUCUUCGAGCAGCACCAGGACGUACAUGCAUCCCGUCAACCUUUGCCUCAGGUUAAUACGAGAAAGCAAAGACUCUCCAUGCAUUCGUAGAACCUGGGUUGGUCAGGUUCCAUUUAGACAAGGCCCAACACGUGUCAGAAAACCUGUGGUUUCACUUACUAACCUUCUUAUAUAAUGUAAACAGCAAUGAACAAAGUAGAUCAUGAGCCCGCCCACAACUUUGCAUGGUUAAGUGAACAUGAUAAAGAUAGACGAUAUUGUGCUUCUUUCGUUGCAAUACAUUCUUCAGACAAACCAAAAAAGGUACUUUGUAAUGUAGAAGACAUCAACCCUGCUUAGGAGGGAACCAAACCACAAUACAACACAUGAGGCAGCUUUAAAUUCACAAAGCAAUGGAAAAAAACAUUAUGAAGGAUUGCACCAGUCUGUUGAGUUA